AAUAAAAGUGAGGUUAGGGAUUACGUUCAUAAAACUUUUGGUUUUUAAAUUUUCAAGUCAACUUUGUAGAUGAAACUUACUGAGUGUUAAGCAGAUCCAAAGCUUCUUUGUUAACUUCCCUUGUUAUAUAUACGGAAGGUUUCGACAUGUUUGAAUAAUAUCUUGCGAACACUGGAACGAACCGCGAUCGAAAGAUCACAAUGAUUAAUGAAACGCUGCCAGACUUCUUCACUACAAAAGGCCCUAUCCAUACCAAUGUCACUCCACUAAAAUUUGGAAAUAGUACAUAUUGGAUGGCCACAAUCACUGCUGAUGCACCAGCAUCCAGCCAGAAACCGAGCUUAAAACCUUAUGAAGAUAAUGAAGAGGGUCUAAUAGACUGUGAAGAUGUGGAGGAUACCUAUGAUAUCCUCCUCACGAAGUCUGGCAAGUUCAUGACAUCAUUUUAUGUUCCUUCAAGCUUGUUGGCCUAUAUAAUAGGUCCUAAAGGGUCAAAACUGAAAAGCCUUCAAAGGAAUACUAACACACUGAUUAAAGUACCGAGAGUCAAUGAAAAAGGUGAUGUCAAGGUUACAGGAGAUACUGAAAGAAGUGUUGCAUCUGCAAGAACACAAAUAUCAUUGAUCGUUAUGCAAAGGAAGGACAAAGUCCCGUUCAGUCACUUUGUGUCAAUACCUGUCAACUCUGAAGGUAUCAAGGCAAAGUUUAUGGAAUUCAAAGAUGAUAUACUGAGAGAUCCACCCAGAGGAGUGACAGAAUCUAUUUUCCAAACACCAAACAAACUACAUUUAACUAUCUGUACUUUAACUCUCUUAGAUGAAGAAGAAAUCACUGCUGCAAAGAAAAUUUUGCAGAACUGUUAUAAUGAAGUGAUCACUAAACUUUUGCAGAAAAACAAAACCUACAGAAUCAUUGUUGAAGGCAUUGAAAUAAUGAAUGAUGAUCCAUCAGAAGUGAAUGUACUGUAUGGGAAGGUGCAUAUGUCAAAUGAAGCUGAUACUUUGAAGCUUCAAGAGGUUGCUGACAGAAUUGCUGAUUAUUAUUAUAAAUCUGGGUUAGCAAGGAGGCAAUAUGACAAAGUAAAACUACACGCUACUCUGAUGAAUACGACGUUCAGAAAUGUUGAGGAGAAACAAGAAAAAAUUGAUGCUAGUGAUAUCUUGCAAAAAUAUGCAACAUACCACUUUGGAUCCAGUCCAUUUGAAAAUAUUCAUUUGUCUAUACGGUUUACAGGAAGAGGAGACUAUUAUGAACCUGCUCUUGUGCUGGAUAUAUAAAAUAUGCAUUUAAUAAUAAAAGUACCUUAUUUCAGACAUUCUUCUAACAACUGCAAUCCUAAUAACACCUUUUAACCACACGUUAAAUAACUGUAAUGGCCUUGAUAUCAACAUAGUUCAUAAUAAUGCCGAUGCAAGUAGCA